GAACACAAGCACUUUAUCUUUCUAUUUUUUUAUUUUUUUUUUUAUUUUUUUUGGUUUUUUACUAUUUUUCCCGCUUUCGAGGAAUCUUAUCAAUCAAGAAUAAUGAGUGAUUACGAUCAACGAAAAUAUGAUAUUGGUAUACAAUAGGACACUUGUUCUCCUUUAGUUGCAUUCAUCAACUUUAAACUCAUCGAUUACUAAUGUCCUUACAUCGUGAACCAGUGCUGUUUGGCGCUACUGGAUUCACAGGCCAACUCACAGCAGAGUAUUUAGUCGAGGUUCAUAAACAAAAUGUAACGGAAGAGAAACUAACGAUUAUAUGGUCAAUAAAUGAAACAAGGAAGGAAAAUUCACUGCUAACCAACUUUUCUUGGGCACUUGCUGGUCGGAAUCUUGGCAAACUUGAAAAGGUGCGAGAUCGGUUAAUUGAAUUAGAUUCAUCGUUGAAAGAUCUUGAUCUGAUCAUCGCCAAUACGAACCAACCAGACAGCCUCGAUGCUGUUCUUUCGCAAACACGUGUUGUCAUCAGUACAGUCGGCCCUUUCACACUCUACGGCACCCCCCUUGUCGAAGCCUGUCUUCGUCAAAAAACGCAUUACGUUGAUAUUACAGGGGAGUCGCCAUGGAUAAAAACAAUUAUUGAUAAAUAUGACCAACAAGCCAAAGACAACCAAGUGAUGAUUGUUCCUAGCUGCGGAUUUGACUCCGUUCCUAGUGAUUUAGGCGCCUAUAUGGUGUCGCAAUACAUGCACACUCACCAUCAUUUGGAUUUGGCUUCUCUUAAAAUGUCCGUGACAAAGUUGAAAGGUGGCUUCUCUGGAGGCACUAUCCAGUCCAUGAUGGAAAUUAUAUACCAACAACAACAACAACAACAACUGCACAAUGAUGGAACGAAGGAAAAUAUGAAUGAUCCUUAUAGUCUAGCCACCCGUCGUGGCGUAGACAAAGGAACCCUCAUUCCCAAAUUGCAACGAGACCAUGAUUUUGGGCAUCAAUGGCAGACGUUCUUCAUCAUGUCCGCUAUCAAUGAAAAAGUCGUGCGUCGUAGCUGGUCUAUUUGGACAGAUCGCGGUCAAAGUUACGGGCCUCUUUUUACCUAUCAGGAACGAACAAGCGUUCCUCACUUUUUAGUUGCCCUGCUCCUCACCUCGGCGGUAUGUACCAUCUUUCCAUUAUUGACAGCUAUGGCAAGAUAUACACCGUCGUUCUUCAGGAAGCUGAUGCAUUGGUUACCUGGCUCGGGAGAUGGACCCACUGCUGAACAGAGAGCGAAAGGAGGUUUUGAAAUGCAAUUUGUAGGCGUGUCAGAGAGCGAGCCGUACGAUGAGGCUAAGCGCAUUCGAGCCAUUGUCAAAGGCUUCCGUGACCCUGGUUAUGGUGACACGUGCCGUAUGGUAGCUGAAUCCGCGUUAUGUAUAGUCAAGAGCUUACAUCAAUUGCCGGGCAAUAAAGGUGGCAUCUUGACUCCCGCCACAGCAUUUGGCCAAAUCCUGAUCGAUCGCUUGACGAAAGAUCAAGGUAUGGUUUUCCAAGUGAAGGAUUUGUAAAAUCUAUUUGCAUUCCAUUCUCCUUUACAAACGACAAGUAAACUUCCAGAGAUAUAUGUUAUU